AUGUCGCCAGCAGCGUCAUCGCCAGCACCACCACCACCAGGGUGGCUGGUCGCUGCAACAGCCUGGUUCUUUGGCCCUAGUCCCCUUGCUCUUAUUACCACUGCGUUGGUCCUCCUCCUCCCCUUCCUCCAAGGCUCUGCACACUCCGCCGCCAAGAUGCCCUCCGCCUACUCCAACUCCCCCUUCCUCUCCCUCCGCCCCGAUCACGACUGCGGCCGCACCAAGAGCCCCGCCAGUCCCUCCACUCCCUCCAAGAGCUUCGCCUCGCUGAGCACUCCUGCCACCUCCGUCACCAAUGGCAACGGCUACAGCCAUACGAACGGCCAUUCCAACGGCCAUCUGAACAUCAACAGCACACCCGACGAGUUCCUCAAGCUCGACAAGCCGCAGCAAGACCUGCUCCUCCUACACGGCCCACGCCAGAAGUACUCGCUGGAGAAGUCGAAGGACAUCCCAGCUCUCGAAGGCGAGCGCGAGAUCCUCAUCCAAGUCCUCGCCAUUGGCUUGAACCCCGUCGACUGGAAGGGCGCAGACUACGGCUUCAGCCAGCCCAGCUACCCUUGGGUGAACGGCAGAGACUUUGCCGGAAUCGUCGUCAGAGCUCCAAGAGACAGCAGUCGCAUUCAGCAAGGUGAUGUGGUCUUCGGCCCAUCCACCGACUACCGCGACGUGAGGAAGGCCGCAUACCAAGAGUACGUUGUUACCACAGACUACAAUGUCACACGGAUACCUGCGGGCGUCAGCGUCAAGGAAGGCGCUGCUCUCGGUGUGGCAUACGUUGCUGCGCUCGUAGCACUGGGCAUCAGCUUUGGUGUGGACUUCUCCAACUUGAGAAACGCACCAGCCGGCCCAGAUCUCCUACACGCCGCUCGCCAGGUUGACCCCCGUGCUGUGCCGGAAGACAUUCGCGACGAGAUCUUCUCGGGCAUUCCAAACUCAGAGCGCCCACAGCCAGGUGAAUGGAUUGCCAUCUGGGGCGCGAACAGCAUGACUGGCCAGGUCGCUCUCCAGCUCGCCAAGCAGGCUGGUUUGAAGGUGGCGUGCAUUGCUGAUGUCGCUCGAGGUGGAGCACGUUUGUCUGAGUUGGGCGCCGACUUCAUGGUUGACCGAUACGACGACAAGCGCGCAGUGGACAUCAUCAAGGCUGUGACCGGAGGCAAGCUCCGUUUUGGAAUCGACUGCAACGGCAAAGACUCGGCAGCAUCUCUGGAGCAGGCUCUCCAGCAAUCUGAAACCGGACUGAAGUCACACCUUCUCGGGUUGACCGGUCUGCCCAAGGCCGCAGCGCGUGGUGUGGUGCAUCACAAGGUCCCAAUCAAGCUCUUCCACGAAGCUCCUCACAUUGGUGAAGCCAUGUCGACUUGGCUGGAAGAUCUUCUCGUGGCUCAAACCUUGAAGCUGCCAGAAGUUGAGAUUGCAGAGGGUGGCUUGGCUGGUAUCAACGAUGCUCUCGACCGCAUGCGCAAGGGCCUCAUCAACGGCAAGCGCAUCGUCGUUCCAGUUGGCGAGAACAAGAGCGGUGCCACAUCACCAGCUCCCAAUGGCAUCGUUCCAAACGGCAUCAGCAGUGUCGUUGAUGAGUCUCACGAUCUUUCCUAUGCCGAUUCGCUCAACUCCGACCCAGAUCGUGUGAGAUUCGCUUACUGGGUGCCCAACGUGUCCGGUGGUCUGGUCAUUAGCAAGAUCAAGCAGCGAACAGACUGGGGCCUCAAAGCCAAUGUGCGAUAUGCGAGGACUGCUGAGGCGGUUGGUUUCGAGUAUGCUUUGUCACAGAUUCGAUUCAUGGCUGGGUAUGGUGCUGAGAAUCAGCAUGAGCCUGUCUCGUUCUCUCAAGCUCUCCUCAUGGCGACUGAACGACUAAAGGUCAUUGCCGCGCUUCUCCCUGGUCCAUGGAAUCCGGCUGUUGCUGCCAAGCAGAUUGCCUCGAUCGACAACUAUUGCGACGGACGUGUGUGCGUUAACGUCGUUUCUGGUUGGUUCAGAGCUGAGUUUGCUAGCAUCGGUCAAUGGUGGCUCGACCACGCCGAACGCUAUCGCCGCAGCCGUGAAUUCAUCGAAUGUCUGAAGGGUAUCUGGACGAACGAGAAGUUCUCCUACAAGGGCGACUUCUACCAGUUCCACGACUACCCACUCAAGCCCAAACCCCUCAACCUCCCAGGCCGUCCCUACCCCGAGAUCUUCCAGGGCGGCAACAGCGACGACGCAAAGGGCAACGCCGCUUCAGUCUCCGACUACUACUUCAUGAACGGCAACACUCUCGAAGGCUUCCAGACCCAAAUCGCCGAUGUGAAGGAGCGCGCCAAGAAGAACGGUCGUGAGGGUCAAGUCGGCUUCGCGCUAAACGCCUUCGUCAUCUGCCGUGAGACGGAAGAGGAGGCUAUCCGCACACUGCAAGAGAUCCAGGGCAAGGCUGAUCUCGAAGCUGUGGAGGGCUUCCGACAACAAGUACAAAACGCCGGCUCUUCCACCUCGAACAAGAGCGGCAUGUGGGCGAACUCGAAGUUCGAAGACUUGGUCCAGUACAACGACGGCUUCAAGACCAAGCUGAUCGGCACUAAGGAGCAGAUCGCCGAGCGAAUCGUCCUGCUCAAGUCGCUCGGUGUGAACAUCAUCCUCACAGCAUUCCUGCAUUACGACGAGGAAAUCGAAGCGUUCGGACGGGAAGUCCUGCCGCUGGUCAGAGAACUCGAGAGGUCGGGACGAGGCACCGACCAGGCGAAGGAGAUUGAGCUGACGGGAGAUGUCUAUCGCAAAAAUCACCAGUCUUCAUCUGUUGAUGAAGGAGAAUCGAAAGUUAAUGUUGUGUCUGAGAAGACGAGUGUUCCUUCCCAAACUCCGCAGAAGCAGUGGGCUCCCGUGUCUGGGAGUGCAAGGAGUGGACAACGGUCUUUCCAAAGCCUACGACCUCCACAAGUAUCUGAGGCGACGACGACAACUAGUACGCACGCUUCCAACCCGUCGACUGCACCUAGAUCGAAAUGGACACCCGGUGGCUGGGUCGAAAGCGAGCAACAGAAUGUUCAAAAGCCGACUUCAUCGGACGAGGCUCAGGAGACGACGACAAGAACUCAGCCUACAUCGAAGUGGACUCCGGCAGGCUUCAAGAAUGAAGAACAGCCACAAGAAGAGAAAUCAAACAUAAUCUCAAGCAAAGACCAACUCAAAGACCAAGUCAAGGCCAUCGCCAACCCGAAGACGAUAGCAAAGGCAAUCGCGGACAAGAUUACCCCGUCAACAACUGAGAAUGAAGGGGUUGAGGAGACUAAACAACCGGUGCCAAAUGCUACUAUAUCACCCGGUCAUGGCAAUGUGCCGAAUCAAUGGGAUGAGCCCCCUCCGCCAGAGAUCUUGACCGCCCCAACAACCAGUCGAGACGUCAACAGCAGUACAACGGCACAAGGCACCGCACCAGUGCAAUGUGACGAACCUCCCGAAGCUGCAGAUUUGCCAGCGAAAUCAGAGAGAAGGCCGCUAGUUUUUACCGCAGGGGAUCUGGAUGGUAAGGUUGGCUCAGGUAGUGAGCCUGCGGAAGAGAACUCGACGGUACCGGUGCAGUGGGAGGAUGCGCCUGAGGGACUGCUUGAUGCGAAUGCGUCGAGGAAAUUGGAGAGUAGGCCUUUGAUUUUUGCGGCGGGGGAUACGCAGGGUAGGCUGGGCGAGAAAGAAGAACAACCACAAUCCCCUGCAAAGGAGGGUUCUAUUGCUGCGACUGAACCCGUUCAAAAAGUGAAGACUCCUCAGACUGCGACCGAGACCAAAGCUUCCACGACAGCCCAGUCAACUCCGAACGCGACUGAACCAACGACGUCCAGCACAGCACAGCGACUUCAGCCCACAGCAGUGAAGGAUAGUCCGGAAGUAGCGAAGAGACAGGAUGUCAAGACUGAUACGAAGAGAGAUUCCACCAUCGCAACACCAAGACCAUCAACAGCCACCAGUGGUAGUGUGAAGUUUGGCAAGGAAGGCAGCGUCAAGACUAAAGGAGUGUUCAGCAAAAUCCGACAUAGCCUGAGGAAGGCAUCCGGGAAAGAACAAUGA